AUGCCGGGCUCGCGGAGAGGACGCACAUACCAGGCGGAAUGGGAGUACGAUCCGAACCACCCUGACAAUCUGGACAUCGCGCCCAGCUGGGACAGAGUCAAGAGUCAGGCUCAUCAUGCACCAGCUGGCAGCCGAGAAGAUGAAUCAGCGAUAGCCUCGACAUCAGAGCUCGUUGCUGAAGAUCGCUGGCAGCAGGAUUCUGCAGAAGACAUCGAGCAGUGGGGCAUUGCGGGGAGGAUCUGGGAAGCGGCCUACCUCUUCAAGCUCUACCUCUGCCCACCGCGGGAAUCUGUCGAGUUUGACCCACCAUGCCCUCUUUUCGCUCCCCAUGAAGAGAUCAGAAGCAAGAUCGAGGGUUCAGCUAAUGCAGCUCUCCGUAUCCUCGAGCUCGGUAGCGGUGCAGGCUAUGUUGGCCUCUCCUGUGCCCAAGAGUUGGACAGGUACCGCCGGAGCAGAGAGGCGUCAGGGUCGCAGUCGCGGAGAAAUGAUCGCCUGGUCCUGACGGAUCUGGAGAAUGUGGUGCCGCUGAUGAUUCGCAAUGCUCGGCUGGCAGGCUUCUCAGAUGCCUGCUCAAAUGGUGGGAAUACAGAAGCUGCCACAUCGCGCUCGAGCUUCGUAGACGUCCUCGUCCGCCCGCUGCCAUGGGGGUCAGCCCCACACGCUGCUUCGAUACUACAGAAAGAGUUGUAUCAGCAGCCUUUGGACUACAUCCUCUGCUCGGACCUAGUCUACUUCCCCUACCUGCUUCCGCCGCUGUUGCGCUCUCUCCUUGAUCUCACCGAUCCUUCUGCUGCCGCUUCCCACAUUCCGUCGCAGUGCCCUGAAACGGCAGCACCCUCGAGACCUGUAGUUCUGAUGGCCUACAAGAUCCGCUCUUACGCCAAAGAGGAGGCUUUCUGGUCCGCACUCGGCGUCUGGUUCGACGUGGAGAUCGUCAGCUGUCGGUACUCCUGGCCCCUGGAGUCUCCUCCAUCUCAGGCAAAGGGAGACAUCGUCGGUCAGAGACAGGACAUGAGAGAGAAGCGACGAGAGGGUGCAUGGCACCGCUUUGGGGAAGAUGCAGAAUGGGAGGAAGAGCAGGAGUCAAGCGAUGAUGCCUACUUUCUCUUCGCAGCUCGACGAAAGCCCUCCACACUAGCUUAUAAGGCGCCCGAAGAUGACAUCAAGCUCAUGGACGGCUUCAUGGCGGUCUCACGAACCCACGACUCGAGGGGAGACACUGCCGACCAAGAAGAGCUCGUGAGGGGUGAGGGAGGCGCAGACUUCAUCGAGUGGGCCCUCAUGGGAAGCAUGGAUAUGACGUGA